AUGUCUUCCAGAAAUCCCAAAGAUUUAAUUAAAAGUAAAUGGGGACCAAAGCCUAGUAACUCCAAAUCAGAAACUGCAUUAGAAAAAUUUAGGGGAGAAAUUGAAGCUUUAAAAACAUCAGUGGAUGAAAUAACAAGUGGAAAAGGAAAGCUGAUUGAUAAAGACAGACACAAACUUUUGGAGAAAAUUCGAGUCCUUGAAGCUGAGAGAGAGAAGAAUGUUUAUCGCCUCACAGAAAAGGACAAAGAAAUACAGCGACUCAGAGACCAGCUAAAAGCCAAGCACAGCACUACUGCAUUGCUUGAACAGCUGGAAGAGAAAACAAAGGAAGUUGAAAGAAGAGAACAGCUGUUGAAAUCCUUGUCUGAAGAGACAGAUGUGUUGAAGAAACAGUUGUCUGCUACAACUGCAAGGCUUGCUGAACUUGAAGGCAAAGCCAAUACACUUCAUUUAUCACAGACUGUGGCUACAAGUUGCUUCAAUUCAUCAAUGAGUAAUAUUCAUGAAAUGGAAGUACAGCUGAAAGAUGCUCUGGAGAAAAAUCAGCAGUGGCUUGUGUAUGAUCAGCAGCGAGAGGUCUAUGUGAAAGGACUUCUAGCAAAGAUCUUUGAGUUGGAACAGAAAGUGGAAACAGCCCCUCAGACACUCCCGCAGCAGACAAAAAAGACUGAAUCAGAAGGUUAUCUUCAAGAAGAAAAGCAAAAAUAUUACAACCAUCUCUUGGCAAAUGCAAAAGAAGAUCUUGAGGUGGAACGACAAACCAUAACUCAGCUGAAUUUUGAACUGAGUGAAUUUCGAAGAAAAUAUGAAGAAACCCAAAAAGAAGUGCAAGAUUUAAAUCAACUGUUGUGUUCCCAAAGAAAGGCAGAUGUACAACAUCUGGAAGAUGACAGGCAGAAAACAGAGAAAAUACAGAGGCUCAAGGAAGAGAAUGAUCUUGCCAGAGAAAAACUUGAAGAAGAGAAGAAGAGAUCUGAAGAACUGUUAUCUCAGGUCCAGUUUCUUUACACGUCUCUGAUGAAGCAGGAGGAGGAACAAACAAGGGUAGCUCUGUUGGAACAACAGAUGCAGGCAUGUACUUUAGACUUUGAAAAUGAAAAACUUGACCGUCAAAAUAUGCAACAUCAAUUGCAUGUAAUUCUUAAGGAGCUCCGCAAAGCAAGAAAUCAAAUAACACAGUUGGAAUCCUUGAAGCAGAUUCGCGAGUUUGCCUUCACAGAGCCAUUAGUCACUUUCCAAAAGGAGACUGAAAACAGAGGAAAAGUUGCCUCACCAAAAAGUCCCACUGCUGCAUUAAAUGAAAGCCUGGUGGAAUGUCCUAAGUGCAAUAUCCAAUAUCCAGCCACCGAACACCGAGAUCUACUCGUCCACGUUGAAUACUGUUCCAAGUAG